UCAGUAAUCAUCAACAGACUAAUAUAAAGGCAGCACAAGAAUUAAUAGAACAUUGGGUAACAAUGAUUAAUGUUGCAAGAAAUGAAUUGGUAAGUGCUCAGGAAAAACAAGCAUACUACGCCAAUAAGAAAAGGCACUAUGAAGAAUUUAACAAAGAAGAUUUAGUAAUAUUAAAUGCUGCAAAUUUACCCUCACCUGAAAAUUCAAAAC